AUGACAAUUCAUUUGGAGCGCAGGACGGCCGGGGAGGGUGGGGAGUGGGGAAGGAUGAGCACAAGCAGCCUCUCUUUGGACCAGGCUCUUCUCCAGCCUCCGGUGUGCGAUGCCUGGAAGGACAUUAUGGAAGGAGCAGCCUACCAGCUGGCCAGCUGCAUCGUCCUCCUGGGUUACAUGGGGGGAAGCGGCAUCUUUGGGUCCCUCUAUAUCUUUGGCCUCCUGGCCCCAGGCUACCUCUGCUAUGCUCUGUGGGGCUGGCUGAGCGCCUGCGGGCUGGAUAUCUUCGUCUGGAACAUGCUGCUGGUCCUUGUCUGCGUGCUUCAACUGGCUCACCUGGCUUACCGGCUCCGCAGAGACACCAUCCCACAAGAAUUUGAUCUUCUCUACAAGACCAUGUACCUGCCCUUGCAGGUACCCCUGGAAGUCUACAAAGAAAUCGUGAAGUGCUGUGAAGAGCAAGUCCAGUCACUAGUCAGAGACCAGAAUUACGCAGUGGAGGGCAAGACACCCAUUGACCGCCUCUCAUUGCUGCUGUCUGGCAGGGUCCGAGUGAGCCAGGAUGGACAAUUCCUUCACUACGUCUUUCCAUACCAGUUCCUGGACUCUCCAGAAUGGGAGUCGCUGCGACCCUCUGAGGAAGGAACUUUCCAGGUCACGCUGACGGCUGAGACUGACUGCAGCUUCAUCACCUGGCCGAGGAAGAAGCUGUAUCUCCUCCUGAGGAAGGACCGCUAUGUUGCCCGGCUCUUCUCCUCCCACCUGGGUUACGACAUCUCAGAGAAGCUCUACUCCCUCAACGAGAAGCUCUUUGCCAAGUUCGGUCUUCGCUUUGACAUCCGCUUGCCCAGCCUCUACCAUGUCCUCGGGCCAGCCUCCUCCGAGGGGGAGCCAGAGGACUGCGAGGAGCCACCACCUACCUCUGACCAGGCUGGUGCCUCUGACCAGGCUGGUGCCUCUGAGCCCCCUCCGCAGCCACCACCACCACCACCACCAGCUCUACGCUCCCGAGCAUCCCAGCCUGACAGUGACCUGCUGGCUUCUGGAAACCUCCAGAGUGACCCCCACCCUCUCUGCAAAGGACGAGCCCCUCUGGCUCCCACUCAGACCCCCGAACUCUAG